AACCCAGAGGAGGUUUAAUUAACCCUCCUAAAUUAGCACAUGAUUUUUCAAUGUCAAGUUUGAGGCAAAAACACUGUCCUUUGUGUUCAUUCGAACCACCAACUAUUGCUCUGCUACUAAGCCAUCUACGAUUGGUUCAUUCUAAUGAUCCUAGGUUUCUCGUUACCUGUGGAAUCAAUGGCUGCACCGUAACUUCAAAAAGUUUUUCUGCCCUAUACUCCCAUGUUUACAGGCGUCAUCCAGAGUUUUGUAUCAGACGUAAGACCCCCCAACUCCUUCCACAAACAGAGCCUGAGAUCAGUGGUGAUGAUCACAGUGGAAUGACUCCUCUUCCAGAGUUUGUUUCUAGUGACAUUAAUCGGCUUACUGGAACAGACACAAAAAUUCGAUGCCGUUCUAGUGCCCUACUAAUUCUCAAGCUAAAGGAAACACGAAAUGUGUCUCAAGUAGCAGUCAAUGAUAUGAUUGACAGCAGCAUAACCCAAUAUGAUGAAACCGUAUCAAUGAUACUUGCUGGCAUUCGUUCUCAACUGGCAGAUAAGGGAUUAAACCCUAAUGACUUUGAUUUCGACACUCCUCUUAAUGGUAUAGGUCAUCCCUUCACUGGACUUGAAACAAAAUAUAAGCAGGACAAGUAUUUCAAAGAACAGCUUAACUUUAUUGAACCAGUGGAAGUGCAAGUUGGGACGCCAAAGUAUGUCAGACAAUUCACAGGGGAAAAGUCUCGCUUUGUCUCUAGGUAUAGUUCAUAUCAUUACGUUCCCCUUUUACCAACUCUCAAGAGCCUUCUAGAAGACCCUACCGUUAUAGAGCAAAUAGAUGAUUUUCCGUUACGAGUUCGUAAUGAUGGUAUAUUUGAAGAUUUUUGUGAUGGAAAUUUGUUCAAGAGUCAUCCUUUAUUCUCAAGUGAUCCAUAUGCCUUACAAAUUAUUGCAUAUUUUGACGAAUUGGAAAUUUGUAAUCCCUUGGGAUCGCAUAUCAAGAAGCAUAAAGUGGGUAUUUUUUUCUUUUCAUUGGGAAACAUUCAUCCUAAAUUUCGGUCGUCACUGAGAGCUAUGAAUUUGGUGAUUGUUUGUUCAAAGCCUGUUUUAGAAGAGCAUGGGCUAGAUGUUAUCAUGGAACCAUUUAUUCGUGAUUUGAAUGUGUUAGCAACUACUGGCAUUAGUGUACUUGUAAAUGGGACUGAGCGUGUAUUUAAGGGUGCUUUGCUUACGUUUUUGGCUGACAAUCUUGCAAGUAAUGAACUAGGUGGAUUCAAGCUUUCUUUUUCCUUCUCGUUUCGUUUCUGUCGAACUUGUUUGCUAAAAAAUGAUGAGAUGUCACAGUAUGUUACAUGUGUUGGCUUGGUAGAUCGAAGUCUUGCACUUCACGAAGAGCAGUGCAAGCAAUUAGUAGGGCCAACAAGGAGUCAUUAUUCAAAAACAUAUGGUAUAAACCGCAGAUCAGCAUUACUAAAUGUCACUCAUUUCUCUAUGUUCGGUGGUGGAUUGCCGCAUGACAUCAUGCAUGACAUUCUUGAAGGUAUUGCACCAAUGGAAAUCAAGCUUUUGCUGAAACACUGUAUAUCUGAAAAGUUAUUAACUCUUGACCAGUACAACAAAAGACUAGUUGAUUUUAACUACGGUUAUUCUGAUUGCGAUAAACCAAUACCUAUUACGAGUAGUCACUUUCAAACUGACAGAUCACUGCGUAGCUCUUCAUCUCAAAUGUUAUUGUUGCUAUAUAUCUUACCUUUCCUUAUUGGUGAUAAGAUACCUGAGGGGGAUGGUUAUUGGAAGUGUUUUUUACUUUUGCGAAAGAUCGUGGACAUCGUGCUUUGUCCGUGUGCAUCAGAAAACACAGCAUCCAGUCUGAGGAUUCUGAUUGAAGAGCACCAUACAGCAUUCAUCACCUUGUACACAGGACGCUUCAUUCCAAAAAUGCACUUCCUUCUGCAUUACCCUGCCCAAAUCCUACAAAUUGGUCCAAUGGUCAGAAGCUGGACUAUUCGCCAUGAAGCAAAGCUAUAUUUUUUCAAAAAAGCGACUAUUACAUCUAGCUUCAAAAACAUUACACUAUCAUUAGCCAAUCAUCACCAAAGAUUAAUGUGUUACGAAAUGUCUACAUCUAGACUUAUUUGUUCUUCUUUCGAAUGUGGUCCUGCAAAAUCGCCGACUUUGUUUAAAAAUGAAAGAUCAGACAUUCAAGAUCACAUAAUUAGGGAAGUGUCUAAUAUUACUAUGGAUACAGUGCUACAUCGUCCUAAUUGGGUUCGUCAAGAUAGAGUUCAAUACAAAAGCAACAAUGCUUACAUUAUUGUAGGAACUGAUGGCCUUGAUCCCUGUUUUGCUUACAUCGACGAAUUGAUAGUAGUUGGUGGUGAUCUGCUUUUUUUUCUUGUCAGGUUGUGUGAUAUGCUGUACUUCGAUGAUCAUUAUCAUGCUUAUGUCAUUAAAAUAACAUCCCAGCAAUCCAUCUAUACCAAAUUAUUGGAUAGAAAUGUGUAUCACAGUCACAUACUCUCGGAUGGACUUCGCUAUAUCACAUUGAAACACUUUUUUAUGUCAUAAUUUCAUAAUUAUCAGAACAUUUAUGGUUGUUUUGACACAGUGCUGGAGGAUUUACUGCAUGAGUAAAGGAAUUGACCACACCAGUAGUUUUAACCAAUUAUAUAUUUAUUACCUACCACAAAUGGUUAUUUUGACACAAUUAUAGAGUUUUUACUGCAUGAGGAGAAGUGAUUUGA